GGUAUAUUUGUAUUUAUUAUAGGAAUGAAAUACAAGUGCUUUUGAAAACAAAUCCUCUAUUUGUGUAUGAAUCAAUGUAUGUUGAAUCGGUAGAAUUGUUCUAUAAAAUAUGCAAAGGUACACAACGAGGUCCAUGUCAAAAUAUUGAGUUCAUAUACCCAGGAACAAAAUGGUGUGGGCCAGGAAAUAUUGCCAAAAAUUAUUCGGACUUGGGAAUUUAUCAUGAAGAAGAUAUUUGUUGUCGAGAACAUGAUCAUUGUACAAGAACGUUAGAAACUGGUCAAUGUUAUUUCAAUCUUUGUAAUACUUCUCCUUAUACUAGAUCUCAUUGUGAAUGCGAUGUAAAGUUUCAGCAAUGUUUAAACAAAGUCAACACAUCUACUGCUCACACAUUGGGUGUCAUAUUUUUUAAUAUAGUAAAAGUUAUGUGCUUUAAAGAAGAGUGUCUAUUUGGGUAAGAGAUCAAGGAUGAUUUAAGAAUAACACAACACUGUGAAC